AGGCUCGUUUACAGUCGCAUUUGAAAUGUCAGUCUGGGAAGAGCAUUUUUAAAAUUCGUCUAAACAAAAUUAUGCACUGAACAGAGUGCGCGUACAGAGGCAAGUAAGCAAGGCUAUCUGCUGUGCUUGCUGGGGCUUACGACUGCCCAGCACGUGGCGCCCACAAGAGGCACUUAGAAUCGUCAACAGAAUGCCCAAUCCAUCGUGGGGGUCGUCAAGGGUCAUUGGGAACUCGAACAAGAGCAGCAUAUUUCCGGAUGAUAGACGACGUCGACCGCAGUUGUUUGUCCCGCCGUCGGAACGGAGAGCGGAGCGUACGCAAAUGUCUCUUCUACUUGGCUGGGAGUACGGACGGGAGUGGCAGACGGAGCGCAAUGAGGUCGAGCGUCGCAAUAAUAUGCGGUCCUCGAACCGUUUCAUCCAGCCCGACUACCACUGGUGGCUAAAGAAGCGUACGACAGCGCUCGAUCGCCGGCAACUCUACACGCGCUCUCGCCCAUCGAAGACCUACAUCCUGUCCGCAUUCGCAACGUCCCGAAGGCUGCGCCAGGGACAGAAGCAAAGUCAAGUGCAUCCCGAGCUGGGCACAGCUGACGACGUCAAGUGCAAAUGUGCCGACUGCCAGCAGACGCAAUGUCGCCACGCCUCAACAGACCAGACCCCAGCCUCAGCUCGAGGCAAUACCCGGCAAAUCUAAUGUGAACGGGGUUUUACCAAUUGAAUCAGUUAUGACAAAGGCAAAGUGGCAAGGCUCUAUGGAAGUUUCCAGCGUUGCCACCUGGCCCAGCAGCUGCAAGUACGGCAACGCCAAACACAAUCAUUUUUCGACAAGGCGACAUACAGAUCUCAUUCUAUUGCAUGUGGCUGGCAGCCAAGUUCGCAGCGUUGCCACCUCGCUGCAUUAUGCACAAACCUCUGGCAACGCUUUUUAAUCUAUGUUUCAACGUUGCCACCUAGAUGCAGAGCAUUACGCCAGUCCAACACUUGCCACACAUGGCUGCCCCCUUCUGAUCAAAUUUCUAGCUAAGGAGGCUCAGUGAAUUCAAAUUGAGGUUGCCAUAUUGUCGCCAGAUG